GUAAACUGAAUAUUCUGUUUGUAAAGCAUGUUUAUGCAGUUAUGUUACCAGUAUUGCACUGUAUUUUUUUCUCUCUCACUCACUCAGUCACAAGUUUUUCACAUGCUUUGGUCCAUUUCUCGAUGGAUUGGUCUGGGGCUGUGAGAAACAUCUCACUCCUUUGAAACUGAAAUCCAUCAAGAAAUGAUGAUCAGAACCUGACAAAUUCAACACAAAACAGUGUUUCUGAAGUCUGAUGGGAAAAUUAAAUCCACCAACAGCUCUGCACAGACACAUUGAGCUGAACCUUUUCAUACCUUUAUAAAAAUGCAGAUUUUGUUGACUAUAUUUUUCAAUGUUGCUAUUACCUUUGCAUACAUAGAACUGGGUUAUUGUGUCUGUGCCCAUGCUGAAUAUGAGAUAAAUGGACAAUGUUGCCCCAUGUGCGCACCUGGUAACCGUGUUUUUUGGCAUUGUACGGUGGAUACCAGCACAACUUGUGAACCCUGCAGUGAAUUCACAUACACUGAUGAGCCUAAUGGUAUUGAAAAAUGUUUUCCCUGCUCAGCCUGUGAUACAGCCAGUUUAAGGACACAGAAGGCCUGUACACCAUUAUCAGACACAGUUUGUGAACCAGUAGAGGGAUUCUACUGUGUGAUCCAAGAAAAGGGCAGCUGUAGAGCAGCUGUUAAACAUUCUCAAUGUAAACCUGGAGAAUUCAUCCAACAAAGAGGAACAGAAAGCACAGAUACUGUAUGUGGUGUCUGCAUAAAUGGCACUUACUCUGAUGGCACUUUCACAGCUUGUCAGCCGCAUACAAUAUGUCAGAGUAUGGGUCGUAAACAAAUAAAAGCAGGAACUAUGUCAUCUGAUGCUAGAUGUGAAUAUUUUACUCCAAAUCUCAUUGGAAUUAUAACUGGUGUUGUGAUCAUUGUUGUUGUUAUUAUUGGAGUCUCAUUAAUCCAGUUUAUCAAACGCAAGUCAAACGCUCAUCAGGGAUAAGGUUCAUCCAGGUCUAAUGUUGGUGGAGGGCUCUUACAUCAAUGAGACUCUAUACAUAAAUCAACUUCCUGCUCAACGAUUUCCAAGUGGAGACAUGCAAUGUGUGAGCUGAUAUUGAAAGAAAUUUAAUCUUGGUCUUAAUCAUGUGUUUUGGCACAUGUGCUCGUGCUGAAUAUGAGAUAAAUGGAGAAUGCUGCCCCAUGUGUGCACCAGGUACAGUAUACAUUGUUUAGCAGCAGUUCAGUGUGAACCAGGGAACCUAUGUUUUUCAGUGUAAUACUUAAUUCUCCCAUGAAGUGUCUCCUCAGAAAAAAAUGUAAAAUAUAAAAAAAUAUAUAUUUGUUUUACAU